CCUCCUAUGUUCAACUCUACUGUCUCCCCCACAACCAUUAGCCCCGUGCCAUUCCAAAAGCUGCAAAACUUCUCUCUCUCACAGGCACAGACACCUAGGGUCCAAAUUAUCUCUGCGUUGUUCCUUUGUGGAUAUCUUCAAGGUGCAAAUGCAGCAAGCUCCACAGUCAGUGUAAGGAACAUAUCAAAGACAGAGGAUGCUGUGAACUUCCAUAUAUAUUAUGGACAGACCUUCAAAGUCAUCAAGAAUGUUGUUGAUGGCAAGAGCUACCUUCUCAUUCAGAAUAAUUCAAGGAUGGCAACAAGAACAAAAUAUUGCACCUCAAGGAUCGAAUCAUUUGUCAUCCCUUUGUCAAAUUAUUCAGCUGAUACCUACUCCUUUCCAGUGUCCUUCUUGGAGCUGCUAGGCUUACUAGGGAGUAUGAAGGGCAUUACAUCAGAUUCCAUGGCUUCUGAAUGUGCAUUAAAGUUGUAUGAAACAGGAGAAAUAGAGAUGAUGAACAGGAGUGAGCCUCAACAAUUCUCAGAAUUUGGUGCUCAUUUUAUCAGUGUAACAGACCAACCACAAGCAUGCAAUUUUGCCAACUUUGUUCCUUUAGUAGAGGAUUACCCUCUCCAGAGAGCAGAGUGGAUAAAGUUCUUGGGAGUUUUUGUAAACCUUGAGACAAGAGCCAACAAAGUAUAUGAUGCAAUAAAAGAGAAUUACCUGUGCCUGACUAAGGUUGCAGCGAGCAAAAAUGGUUCCUUUAAACCCAUUGUAGCUUGGAUGCAGUAUGAUAGUGGCAUAUGGUCUUUUACAAAGGAAACAUGCAAGUUGAAGUAUGUGGAGGAUGCAGGUGGAGAAAAUAUUGACAACUCUAUCAAUAAGAUCACUUACAACACCUCAAAUCCUGAUGACUCUGAAGAAUUACAUGCAAUUCUCUGUACUGUGGAUGUAGUGAUUGAUGAAACGUAUACUCCUGACCCUGCCGGCUACAAUCAGUCAAGUUUCCUUCAAAACAUAGGUGUUGAUGACAAUUCUUGUUUUGCUUUUAUAGCAAAUCAAAGCUUGUGGAGAUACGAUAAAAGAGUCCAAAACUUGACCACUCUUGACUGGAAUGAUGGAGCAGUGUCCCAACCUCAAUUGGUUUUGGCAGAUCUCAUUGAAGUUUUGUUCCCUGAUGGAAAUUAUUCAACAACAUACUUUAGGAACAUUGCAAAGGGAGAAGGGGUUGUAAGCAUUGAUGCCAAUAUGUGUGAAAGAGAUAUCUCCACUCCCUUGGAGCCCACGAUACUUUCUUGCUGAUGCCUAAUGCCCACAACAGCACGCAAGACAUUGAUUCACUCUUUUACAAUAUUUGUAUCAAGCAUUAAAUGCUACUGAUAAUCUUUUUAUAGCUCAGCAAAUAAUGUUAUUUAACUUGAUGAUUAUUAUGAAAGCAGAAGAAAGGUGUGGGAAAGAGCUUA